AUGACGCCAGCAGCCCCGACUUUGCGCAUAGUCACACAAAGAAGUCCCGAGCUUGCACCAAUUGCGCUCGCCUCAAGAUACGGUGUCGGUGGCAACCGGGUUCGGAACAUAGCGAACACGCCGAUUGCAUACGGUGAGCAGUUCUGCCUCUGUUGGCUACAGUUUCGUGUAACUGAGCUGGAGAAGAAGAUAGAUGGCCUAGUCAGCCUUUUUCAGACACAGCAGCAGUCAGGAGAGACACAAGGGCAGCCGGCAACCGGGCCCAGCCCCAGCAGCGAGGACCCGCGCUUGAUGCCAUGCACUGGGUUGACUAUACCAGGCGUCACCCAUCAAGUAAGCACAGACGCAUCUCCAAGUGUUAACAGUUCAGCCGGCACCCAAGAUUGUCAUUCUAUGCCGACUCCAGAGGCUGGGUUUCCCAGCGGUUCCUAUCAGCUCUUGCCGGGGUUCACCAUCGCUGCCGAGAAGGCUGAGGAGUACCUUUCCAUCUACCGGACGCGUAUGGUUCCCAACUUUCCAUUUGUGCCCAUCGAGCCCGAAGUUACAGCAAGGGAUCUCCACAACCAGAAGCGAUUUUUGUUCUGGUGUAUUAUGCAAGCCAUUGUACCCCAGACAGCCACAGUACAAAAGUCAGUCGACGACUGGGUCCGCAAGCAUGCAGCUAUGCACAUCAUAGUUCAUAAGGAGAAGAAGAUUGAGCUGCUCCAAGGUUUGAUUGUCUAUGUCGCCUGGGGCGAUGUCCACCUACAGAUGGGUAUCAACGCAAACACCCUCCUCCAGCUAGCCAUCGGUCUGGUUAUGGACAUGACCAUUGUGCCCGCCGCCAUAAGGAGGCACUCGCAGAUACAGUAUACGCCCCAGAUCGCACGAUGUUCCAAAGCCAUUCGCGAGGCGGACGCUAUACCGACAGAUCAGAAUCUACUUGCCCUCGUUCGCAUGCAACAUCUAGGGGACCGCAUUCGCGCUGUCUUUCCAAGCCCAGAUAGAGAGGAAGGGGAGCCUCUACCCAUCUUUCGGGAACACUUUAGUGCGGUGCUAGCAUCACUUCGCAAAGAGAUCUGCUCUCUCGAGUCUGAAGAACCCGCCAUCAAGAAGGAGAACCCAAUGGUUUGGGCACACUACGGCGCACUGAUGGUUAGACUAUACGAACCAUGCAUCGGCAUGCGAGGAGCCAGCCCUUCGGAGGCUAUGUCCGCCAUGGAGCAGUUCAGUAGGACCGAGUCACUCUGGUUCUGCCUCCAGGCGAUCCAGAUCGCCAUGGACGCGCUACUCGCCAUCCCGGCUGAAGCAUUUGCAUAUCUACCCUUCAACACCGUUGCAGAUGUAGCACAUACAAUGAUGUCUUCGCACCGACUGCUAUUGGAAGACUCGGCAAGUGAUUGGGACGUGAUGCUGGCGCGCCAGAAGCUUGACCUUCCCGAUAUAGCGCGGCGGUUGGCGGAUCGGUUCGAGGAGGCGGACAACGUGGCGCUGAUCGUCGGGCAAAAGAGGCGGAUCUUCGAGGACGAGAGCUCGCGCUGGGCGAAUUAUGCGUACCGGGCGAGGUGGAUCCGUCAGUGGUACCUGAACAAGGUUGUUGGGCAGCCGCCUCAGGAGCAGAUGGCGACGGAGCACCAGCAGCAGCAGGAGCAGCAACAGCAGCAGCAGCAAGCGCAAAUGGUUCCUCACGUGGGGAUGAUGACAGACCCGAACAUGUCUUGGCUCGGGGGAGUGGCGAUGGACCAGUCGUUUUGGGAGAUUAUGAUGCUGGACGGGCCUGGACAAAUCCCUAUUGACGCGUCCAUGCUUUUGCCGGACCAGGCCAUGUUGCCCGCCAUGCAGACUUAG